AUGGAACUCGCGCCUUGGCAACUUGCGCCCUUUGCGGCGCCAAAGACGAAAGUUGCCGCGGCGCCAGCAAAGGGACUUGGACAUGUGAGCAGAGGACCUGGGGGUUUGGAGGAAGGAUUUAAGAGCGUUGGAAACCUAACUUGUGGGGAUGGAGCACCAGGACAGUUUGAGGAGCGAUUGCGCAUCCCAUGGCAAGCAGCAGGCCAGGCAUAUGUUUGUCAUCGACGUAUUUCUGCUGCCUGGUUGGGGAGGCUCCGCCCUCCUGGCCGCGCGCGGCGCCAUCCGAAGGCGCCGGCCCGGCGCCUGGAGAUGGCGGACGCUGCGAAGGGCGGAGGCGUGCGACGGGAUAGCACGACAGAGGCAAAAGAUGAGAUGCCGAGUGAGAAGACUACUGCAGGUGAGGAGGCGAAAGAAGAAAAGCAUGAGGAGAAAAAGGAGCCAGAUGUGAAGGAGGCAAAGGAAGACAAAAAGGAGGUGAAGGAGCAGCCAAAAGAGAAGAAGGCUGAAGAAGAGGAGGUGAAAGAAGAGAAGGAAAAGACAGAGGAGAAAGAAGUGAAAGAAGAGAAGAAGGAAGAGAAGCAAGAAGAGGAGGAAGUGAAGGAGGAGAAGAAGGAGGAAGUGAAGGAGGAGAAGAAAGAAGAGAAGAAGGAGGAAGUGAAGGAGGAGAAGAAGGAGGAAGUGAAGGAGGAGACGAAUGAGGAAGUGAAGGAGGAGAAGAAAGAAGAGAAGAAGGAGGAAGUGAAGGAGGAGAAGAAGGAGGAAGUGAAGGAGGAGAAGAAAGAAGAGAAGAAGGAGGAAGUGAAGGAGGAGACGAAGGAGGAAGUGAAGGAGAAGACGAAGGAGGAAGUGAAGGAGGAGGCGAAGGAGGAAGCGAAGGAGGAGACGAAGGAGGAAGCGAAGGAGGAGACGAAGGAGGAAGUGAAGGAGGAAACGAAGGAGGAAGUGACGGAGGAGACGAAGGAGGAAGUGAAGGAGGAGAAGGAGGAGGAGAAGAGGGAGGAAAAGGAGGAGCAGAAGGAAAAGGAGGAGAAGGAGAAAAAGGAAGAGAAGGAGGAAAAGGAAGAUAAGGAGGAAGUGAAGGAGGAAGUGAAGGAGGAAGAGAAGGAGGAAGUGAAGGAGGAAACGAAGGAGGAAGUGAAGAAGGAGACAAAGGCGGAAGUGAAGGAGGAGAAGCAAGAAAAGGAAGAGAAGGUAGAGAAGGAGGAAGUGAAGGAGGAGAAGAACGAGGAAGUGAAGGAGGAGAAGAGAGAGGAAGUGAAGGACGAGCCGGAGGAGAAGGAAAAAAAGGAAGAGAAGCAAGAAAAGGAGGAGAAGGCAGAGACGGAGGAGAAGGCGAAGGAAGUGAAGGAGGAGAAGAGUGAGGAAGUGAAGGAGGAGAAGAACGAGGAAGUAAAGGACGAGAAGAACGAGGAAGUCAAGGAGGAAGUGACGGAGGAAGUGAAGGAGGAAGUGAAGGAGGAGAAGAGCAAGGACGAGAAGAAAGAGGAGGUGAAAGAGGAGGAGGAGAAGCAAAACCAGGAGAAAACAGAAGACAAAAAGGAGAAGGAAGAAACGGAGGAGAAAAUAGAAAAGGUAGAGAAGGAGGAGAAGGGGGAGAAGGAGGAGAAGGAGGAGAAGACAGCGGAAGGUAAUGAGGAGAAGCAGGAGGAAGUGAAGGAGGAAAAAGAGGAUGCACGGAAAGACAAGAAAGAGGAAAUUAAAGAGGAGAAGGAAGGUAAGGAAGUCAAGGAGGGCUCAGCGGAGAAAGAGGAUGCACCAGGAGAGAAGAAAGACAGCGACGACGACGCAGAGGCGGAGAAAGAGGCCAAAGCGCGUAAGGCUGACCUCGAGAUGCCCGCGGGAGCUGAUGAGGAAUCCUCCAUGGCGGACCGUCAGGCCACCCAAGUUGCAGAGGUCCUGAAGGCGCAGGAGGAAUCGGAAGAGAAGGUGGGAAAGGCUUCUGGCAUUUCAGGAAAGGAGCUCAGAGAGAUGAAAGAACAGGUGAAGGAGAUGUUCGACUGGAACCGCGCCUGGUAUCCCAUUGCACCUCUGGAGUAUCUCAAUGCCGAUGCGCCCAAUGCGGUGAAGUUGUUGGGGAAGCGGAUGGUGCUUUGGUGCUCCAACCAAGAGAAGAAUCUGUGGCACGCAGCACUGGAUGCCUGUCCACAUCGCAUGGCUCCUUUGUCCAUUGGCUCCAUCAAGGAUGGCUGUUUGAAAUGUCGUUAUCACGGCUGGACCUUCAGCACAGCCGGAAGUUGUGUGGCAGUGCCUAUGGCGCAAAAUGGUAAAGAAGAGGCCCGCAUGUGUGCCUUGUCCCGCUCUUCCUUGACCACCUUCCCCGUGCAGGUGAAGCAGGGCCUGGUGUGGAUCUUCCCCUACCUGGGCCCCGACGUGGAGACAGUCUCGAAACGCUCGGGGCCCUGCGUCACGCCCGAGUGCGAGGGCACGGAGUGGGUGAUGACCACGGCGCCGGUGGGGUAUCAGGUUUCCGUUGAGAAUACCUUUGACCCUUCGCAUGCGCCGUUCAUGCACCACGGCAUCGGUACAUAUUCGCCGGAGAGAGCCAUUCCCAUGUCGAAGUUCGAGCUCCGCGACGACGAGAUCAGCGGAAAGCGCGGCUUUGUCUUGGAACACAACGGCUACGACGAAGGGACCGAGGGCCUGAUGGCCACGCGGCAGUUCGUUCCCCCGUGCUCCAACACGACGGUGUACAAGCACAAAGAUCGAAGAACUGAGACCACGCAGCUGUACUUUGUGCCCUGUGGGCCACAUGAGACCAGAUACAUUGUGAACGUUGGACAGCAGGUGAAUAAGAAGUUGCCUCAGAUCGCCCAGGAUAUUCUCCACGUGCUUUUCUUCAACAAGAUCUUCGGCUAUCGCUUUCAGGAGCAGGACCUACUGGCCAUGCGGGGCCAGGAACGUUCCCUGCACGAGUGUCCUCAGUUCACCUGGGGCGAGCAGUACGUCCUGGGUACUCCCUCGGACAAGGGUGUGGAGGUCUUCCGGAAAUGGUGGUACGACUGUGCCAACGGUGGACCCUACUUUCCAAGGGCCUCCAGGACGUUACCAGCCUCGGAUCCCAUGAUCUUUGACCGCUGGCAGCGACAUGCAAAGGACUGUCCGCGCUGCAAACGCGUGAUGAAAGCCUUUGGCCAUGUGCAGACUGCAGCUGGCAGGUUGUCCGUGCUGGGCCUGGCCUUGGCCACCGGCUGUGGGCUGCUGCGGAAGCCGCAGAGCUGCUGCGGCUGGCUGCUGACCACGCUGCUGCUGGCAGCGCUGGGGCGCUGGGCUGCAGCGGAGCGAUGGGGCUUUGUUUCCUCGGUACCCCUGAAGGGCUUGAUGGAGGUGCCAGUCUACAAGUCAGGUGCCAUGAGUAAGCCAUGAAUCUUGACCCCGGCUCGCCGGGCUUGGGGCCACGGUGGUAAUUUAUUUGAUUUUAAUCGCUUAGAUCGAACGCUGCCCGACAGUCCAAGUUCGUUCACCGACUCGCUAUGAGACCAGGGGUUCAUCUCAUAAUCUG